AUAUCAUAUCAUAUAUUCAUAUUCAUCUCACCACGAGAUUCUGGUUCUGUUUUGGCCACCCACACAACACCACCACAUUCUCCCAACUCGCUCCGAGUUGACUCACUCUUUCCCUUUCAAGAUCAAUAGCUGCCAACCCAGCCUCCGCGCUCCACUGUCACUGCAACCACCGCCACCCUUCUACGUCAAUGCAAAACUCCUCGUCGAUUCUCUCCGGAACCUUCUCCUCCUCUUCCUUCCCCUCCGGCCUUUGACUUUUGCUUUCGAGCGAAUCCGAUGAGUCCCUUUCGAUCUCUUCUGCUCUCCGUCGUCGUAUUCUUACUCCUCUGCCCCCUCGACGCCACCGAGGGCGACGCCGAUCCACUAUACAUAGAUUGUGUGGAGCUGUGUAAGAAAACUGGAUGUGUAGGGGAUAGAUGCUUUCAACAUUGUAAAUUCUCAUCAGAUGGAAAACCAAUUGAUGGUCCAUGGUAUAUGCAUGAACCCCUCUACCUGAGGUGGAAACAAUGGGACUGUUGCACUGACUGUAGCUAUUACUGUAUGCUAGCUAGAGAGGAAGAAAGAACAAAACUUGGUGACAAGCCCGUCAAGUAUCAUGGAAAAUGGCCAUUCAGGCGUGUUUAUGGAAUUCAGGAACCUGUUGCUGUUGCUUUGUCUGCUGUCAAUCUUGCCGUUCAAUUUCAUGGUUGGGUAUCCUUUUUCAUUCUUGUGUACUAUAAGUUGCCUUUGAGGCCAGAUAAGAAGACUUACUAUGAGUACACUGGAUUGUGGCAUAUUUAUGGGAUUCUAUCCAUGAAUUCAUGGUUGUGGAGUGCUGUUUUUCAUAGUAGGUAAGUUGUUUGAAUGAUUUCCUUUUGGGUUUGUGCUGUAUUUAUAAAAUCAUGAUUCAGUGCUAUUGAAGCAAUAAUCCUCAAAAGCACAGUUGUUUCCGGCACUGUGCCUUAUUAUUGAUUUCCAGGCACUCCUGUGUAUGUAUUUGGUGUAGUGACAUAAAAAUUGGCCU